AUGAAUAACAUGACUACAGAUAAUCCAUGGAAUUUUUUAGCUAUGGCAGAAGAAAAAGUACAAGCCACGGUUUUCAAUAAUACCAGAGGUCGCAAAAAAAGUAAAAGCAAAACCGAAAAUGAUGACGAUGAUAGUCCUGAGGAAAAGCGACGUAAAUUUUUAGAACGAAAUCCAUCUAAAUGUAGACAAAAAAAGAAAGCAGCAAUGGAAGACUUAAAAAGUAAAGCAGAUAGCUUGGAGGCGGAAAAUAACACACUUAAAACUCGUGUGAAUGAACAUCGGGAAGAAUUGUUAUCACUUAAAGACCUUUUACUCAGGCACGAAAAUUGCUCUUGCAACAUUAUCCAAGAAUACAUAGUAAAAUAUUAUCAACAAUAA